AUUAUACAUGUAUACACGUAAAACACCCACACACAUGACUGUUGAUGUAUAGUGCGAAGCUAUACCCUCGACAUGUAUAUAUAUCUAAAUAUCCACUACAUAUCAUGAUUUGGUAAUAGAACCCUCUGUUAACAACACUUACCGAAAUACAAGAAUGAUAUUAAAAAUAUGAUGGUACCUCCCGAAUAAUAAUAUUGAACUGAAAGUUGAUACUUAAAAGAUGAUUUGUCAUGCAAAUGCAAAAAUGACUAUUCUCUAUACCAUUGACAUAUUAUUCUAACUGAAAUUGGUCUUCAGAAAUAAAAAUUACAAAAAGUGUAAGGAUCUAUUACAGGAUCAAUAUAAUUUGAAGUGGUAUUGUCAAUGUCUAGUGAGCUAUAUUGUUGUGAUUCUCCACUAACUCGGGUCGGACGUUUUGUGAAGCAUUAAGUUAGGUUGACCAUAUGAGUGUACUAGAGAUUAUGUAACAGCUGGUUGAUUUCUUUGUCAUUAUCUAUUGCGUUUUAAAGACAGUGCAUCUGCCCUUAUCAGCAGGAAGAAUAUUUAAAUCCUUAUCUAUUUAGCCAUGACUGUGAGGCUUCCUUACACGUUUCCAUUAGAUACGGUAUUGGGAGAUUCAUGCUGUACACGGAGCUAUAUGCCCCCUGUUAUGCAUGGUUCACUGAAAGGGAAUUCAACGGGUAAUUAAAAUAUAACGCUCGUCUUAGCAUCAACAACGGAGGCAGGCUCGAGAGGAUAUUGAUUGUUAUAAAUAUUGCACAGGACUAUAUGCACUCGUAAAGGGACUUUGCUUCAACGGGUAUCGUAACGUAUCAUUCGAGUUCCUUUUCGUGUCUGGAAGAUAAGACAGUACAAUCUGCUCCAGGGGGAAAGAUGGCCCAAGGAUGCAUUCACGAUACUUAUGUGGGUUUAAAUGUAGGUGGAAAGAUCUACCAGACGUCUUGUACCACCUUGUUAAGUCACCCAGGCAGCUUCUUCCAUGGUUUGCUAACCGGCAACGUCCCAUCUGCUAAAGAUGACCAAGGAAAUUACUUUAUCGACCAAGAUGGAGAGAUGUUUCGUCAUGUCCUCAAUUUUCUGAGGUACAGGAAGCUUGCCCCACCAGAGAAAAUUGGUGAUUUCCACACGCUUGAAGGAAUGGCUGAUUUCUUUUUGCUCGAGGAACUCAAGGCGUGCCUGGUGGGCAUGAAAAGAGCCAAAAGCGUCGGUUUGAAUGUAGGAGGAAAGAUAUACAGGACGUCCUGUGAGACUUUAACCCGUGUCCCCAACAGUUUCUUCCAGGAGAUGCUUCGAAGUGGCCACCCUGUCAAAGAUGACCUAGGGAAUUACCUCAUCGACCAAGACGGCGAUAUAUUUCGCCAUGUCCUCAAUUUCUUGAGGCAUGGAAAAUUGGUGCUGCCAGAAGGGUUCAACGAGUAUGAUCUUCUUGAAUGCCAGGCGGAAUUCUUCCAACUCCAAUCGCUCAGGUCGUCUAUUGUGAGGCCAGUGCCAAUCGGCGGGGCAGUGGGUCUAGUGUUCGAUGAUGGGAAGGUAUUCCACACCACUAGAGAAACCUUGAUGCGAGAGGAAACCUCGUUCUUCUCCAAAAUGCUGAGUGGAGAAGGUACCAUCGCAAGAGACUUACACGGAAACUACAUCAUGGAUAGGAAUGGCACAUUGUUUCAUCAUAUCCUCAGCUACCUCAGACAUGGUCGUAUUUUAAAUCCCAUCAAUGCCGAUGAGCUCGAUCUUCUCCAGAAGGAUGCUGAGUAUUUUGAACUCAAAGUGUUCGCAGACCACGCCAAAAGUGUGCAGAUCCUGCAGAAGAAGAAUUCCUCGUUCCUCGUCUUCUACUUUCACAUCAAUUCCCAAGCUUGCUUUGCAUACAUCCCAUCAAAUAGCUAUCCAGUUGGUGUCCGUGCCUGUUUAUCUCAUUUUCAAAACUUAUUUUACAAGACGGUUAAAGUCGUUAGCAACGUUCAAUCUGCGAUGGUAAACGUGAAUGAUAUGGAUUGGAGCUUGAGUAGCGUUGGCAUAAAAGAUAUGAAGGCUUACUUAGAAUCCGAAGCACCCGAGCACGCAUACAUAUUCGAGUUUCAACUUAGCUUAAACUGCUUCAAACUUACGGUUAGUGUAUGACGAUGACGUUCCAACACAAAAUGACCAACGAUUCGUAAUUGAGUUUUGAUAGAGCUACGAGGAAAAAGGGGCUUAUUUUAAGAAAAUCAUCGUUUGCUUUGUGAUUCAUCAAGAAAAUAUAUAAAACCCACGAUGUACAUCAAAAUUUAAGCUUUGUUUGGAUAUAAUUGGUAAGCUUACAACAAGAACAAAAUCAAAUCAAAUUAACGUUGAAGACUAUAUCAUAGUAUAUGGCUUUCUUCAAAGGUCUGAUAUUUUUGUAUUCUUUCAUUUAGAGCUUUAAAAUACGCCGGACCGAAGUCAUCGGUUCACAUACAUACAUGCAUAUGUUGUCUCAUUGUGUAUCGCCUAUAUGAAACUAACAACAGUGUUACAAAAAUAAACUACAAGGGCGCACUUCGAUUUAUGAUCAACCUUUAUUAACCUUUUUAACUGCGCUUUGGUGGACCAAUGGGCCCAAAAUCUUCCUUUAAUUGGGGCACUAUGAGAAAAUAUACUAUAAGGAAAUAGGGCAUAUGAUUUGUCAAAAUACAGUGGUUGAUUGUGCUCUAGAAAUGAAGCAUCUAUACAAAAAAUUAUCAGAAAACAAUCGCACUCAUGAAUUUUUGAUUUUUAAAGAAAUAAUAUCAAUUGAAUUGAAUUUAUUAUUAGAACAUCACUGGCAUACUCCAAUUAUUUGUUCAAAACAAAAAAAAGUAAUUCAAAACAAAUAUACAAUUUGAGGAAUAUAUAAGCAGAUAGACAAAAAGAUAACUACAGUAUUUCAUGAAAAACUGAAGUAUACUUUUAGUAAAUAUGUCAUAUAAAUAUAAAGCUUAUGCUUAUUAAAGGGGAUAACGUUGUACAGAGUAUGUAUGCACAUGCACCUGCGUUAUUGAAGCCUGGCUUAAUUACCACACUUAAUAUGCAAAUGUCUUCAAAAUUGCCCGGAGAGCACACACACCCACACAGUUAGGACACACGCAUACACAUUCUCCCGCCUACCCACGCAUGCGUAGCCCAUGGAUCUGUAUAUAUGAUAUAUAUAUAUAUAUAUACACAUUGAUAUAUAUAUAUAUAUAUAUAUAUAUAUAUAUGAUAUAUAUUAUUUAUAUAUAUGAUAUAUAUAUAUAUAUAUAUAUGUAUACAUAUAUAUAUAAAUAAAAUAUAUCAUAUAUAUAUAUGUAAUAUAUCAAUUUUUCCAAAGGGUAGAUAGCUCUGGGGAACCUUGAUUUAAGCUACGCCUACCAUUGUUCUCUUCAUCCAUUUCUUUACAAUAUUUGAAUAAAAAGAGUUGCCAAAGCUGUUGUACAUGUAUAACUUCACACAUAUAAUUAUAAUAUAUCAUAUAUAUAACUGCAGCUGUGUAUCCUCAUGUUGAUAUGUGCAGCCUCAUAUCAACAUACACAUUAAAACUAAUAUAAUCUGAUUCACGUACAUAUGUACAGUAUGUCAUACUUGUAAACAAAGGUACAUGUAAACAAAGUUUUUUGUGAACUGGACAGUGUGCAAUCAAGCAACAACAGGCCUAGAAAGAGUAUCUUAGGAUGAAUACGGGAAUACAACAAAGAUAUUGAUUUGAGACUUGAGAUUCGUGACAAAAGAUUACCAGUUACGGUUGGUUGAGACGUGCAUGGGAGGGGAGGGGAGGGGAGGGGGUCUAGUGGCGGCAUUGUUAGCGCGUCACCUGCCCCCGCCCCCCCCCCACCCUGAAGGAAAACUCUUCACAUUUAAAAAAAAAACCACAAGAAAGCGGUUUUCAUUUUUGUUUGGGGGGCGGGGUCUGCCGUAAAGGCUCGCGUCAUAUCGUUAAUGAUAAUUAUCAUCCUUUUGAUAGGCUGCUUUAUUUAAUUACAUUCAAUUUUUUUUUUUUUUUAAGAUACCGAUCAAAUAGCAAUUGACAUUGCCAAGGAUCAGCUUGGGUUCAAGUUGAAAAAACACCACAUCGAUCGAUCCCAUCGAGUAGGUCAAAAAGAUCCAACCAAGGCUAAACCCAUCAUCGUUAAAUUGUGUUCCUACAAACAGAAGACGCAAUAUAUGAAAGCGAAAAAGACAUUGAAAGGGAGUGGAAUUUCUAUUCAAGAAGAUUUGACACUGACAACCCUCAAACUCCUCAAGAAGACAAGCCAACACAAAAAUGUAAACGCGGCAUGGACAAGUGAUGGCCGUGUUAUCGCCUCGGUUAAAACGACAGAUCCUAACACUUCAAUGAAGAAACAAAUCUUCAGAGAAAGUGACCUUCUUGCCUUAUAAACUCUAUUAACGCUACAGUUUGUCUAUUCCCUAUGGGCAAUUUUAGUAGAUCCUGAAAAACUGUGUUAUAUUAAAUACCCUUCUAUAAUAUUCACGAAACUGUUGUUUAAAUCAAACCACAUUGUAUUUGUAACUCAACAUUAAUAUACAUAAUCAUAAAGAUUGUAAUUUUAUAUUCUGGCAUUUGAAUAACUCUUUGUAUGUCUCAAUACAACUUCAACCCGAUAAAUUUAUGGGUUAAAUUACUGUCUAUAUCCAAUGUCUAUCAACAUAUCAUUGAUAUAUGCAUAUUUACAUUAUUAUAUUAUCAUGUGUCUAUAUAUUUGCUGAAGGCAAACCUAAAAUUGACGAAUUUUCCUCCAGAUUAUCCGAAUUGUUUAUGCGCUAAAUAAUAUAUAGUAAUUGUUUUAUACUUUUUAUAUUCUAUUUCAUUAUUAUACACCAUUAUAUUGUUUAUAUCUUUGCUUAUAGUGUGUACAUAUUCUAUAUCAGAUCUUUAAUGGGCUUUUGUAUAUGUUUUUCCCGUGUAUUUAGUCUCUCAAAGUCAUAUUGUAACAAUUGUCAUUUCCAUUUUAAGAACAUGUCUUUAGAUAUCAAUGCCAGUGUCUUAACGAUAGUAGUGUACUGCAUAAACGAACAAUGUAAAUCCUUAGAUGGUUGAGUCUUUAAACAUGUCUUUUUUUGAAGAAGACGACCUCAAAUCUAAUGAAUGCCACAAUUAUUUACCCGAUGAGUUUAAUUCCUGUCAUAAUAACAACAACUUUGACAAUGUAUCUAAUCUACUUAAAUCCCUGAACAAUUCUACGAAGCCCCAAACCGGACAUUUGUGACAACGAAAAAAAAAUAAAUUAUUACGUACGUACGUAGUAUUAUUACGUACGUACGUAGUACGUACGUAGUAUUUAUCACGUACGUACGUAGUAUUUAUUACGCACGUACGUAGUAUUAUUACGUACGUACGUAGUAUUUAUUACGUACGUACGUAAUAAGCAACUCAUCAAUCCUGUAGGAUGGGGGGGGGGGGGGUCGGGUGUCCGGACACUUUAUAUUUUUGAAGCCUUCUUUUUUGUCUUUGGAUUACACUAAAAAUAUGAAUUCAAUAGUUGUAAUCAUCUUCUAUUUUGUUCUCUAUAAUAUUUCCUAACAUUUUGUACUAAACAUUUAUGAAACUUCGCUUGUAAAUUUUUCCAAAUGACUUUCUAAUGCUGAUCGUCCGGACACACAACCUGUCCGGACACUCAACAACUGGGUAUAUAGAGAGAGUUUGGAUUAAUACCGGGAUUAAUAUAUGGAUGUCAAUUUUUUUUCAUUUUAGAGGUGAUACUCCAAAUGUUGAAUCCUUUAAGAAUUUUAUCAAAUCUCAAAGGGAAACUGAAUACUAUAUGGCCAAAAAAAGAAACAAGCUCGCCUUACAUUUUAAAAAAUUGAGAUUUGAGCUUAUUUGAAGAAGUUCAAUUGUAAAACACGUUGCAUUUUUUUUAUACCCCGCAAGUACAGGUUAAUAUUUUGCCACGGCUCAUUACCCGAUAUAUUGGUUGUACGUAUGUGUUCAGACUCUAAUUGUUUUAGUUUGUUCUGGAUUAUGUUACUUGUCACUUUUUUUUUCUUUAUCAAUAUUGUUGUUUUAUUUUUGUUUGUUUGUUUACGAUCAUGUCUAAUUAUGUAAAUAUUGUGAUUUCCUGUAAUUGAUUAUUUAUGAAAACAAUAAAAACAUAAUUAAA